AUGCAGGAUUACUUCAAUACAAAUCCAACAUACGAUGCCCGCAUAUUCAGAAGGCGUUUUCGUAUGCAACCACGGCUAUUCAUUCGCAUAAUGGGUGACUUUGUGAGGUAUGAUCCCUCUUUUGCACGAAGGAGUGAUGUCGUUGGUCACCUAGGCCUAUACCUCUUACACAAAAGCUUACUAGUGCACUGCACGCUAGCUUAUGGCUCUCUAGCUUAUCAACUUGAUGACUACGUGUGUAUGGGUCAGAGCACUAUACUGGAAGUCAUCCGGAAUUUUUGCAAGGCCAUUGUUGGGAUGUACUCAUCGGCAUACCUUCGUGCACCAACUCCUACUGAUCUAAGGAUUCUACUUCAUAGAGCCUCACAACGCGGAUUUCCUGGUAUGAUUGGAUCAAUUGAUUGCAUGCACUGGGAGUGGAGUAACUGUCCUACUUCUUGGACUGGGCAGUACUUGGGGCACAAUCUUAAGCCAACAAUCAUUCUCGAGGCAGUGCCUUCAUACAACACCUGGAUAUGGCAUGCUUUCUUUGGUCUGUCUGGGUCGAACAACGAUAUCAAUAUUCAAGGGAUGUUUUUGGUGUUUGACCGUAUCCUCAACGGAUCCGCCCCACGAGUACGAUUUGAGGUAAACGGUCAUACCUAUGAUCAAUAUUAUUAUUUAGCUAAUGGUAUCUAUCCUAUGUAG